UUGACACUCCUAGUCUACAGCCUGGGUCACACAGCAUUGACCUCUGUCAUCUCUGAUAAAACAUGCUUUAAUAGGAGUGGUUGGUGGUGUCACAUUUGCCUUCUGGGUGCGCGUGAGUAAGGAUAAACAUGGCGGCACGAAGAACUAGUUGGGCAACCCUGCUCGGACUGUUUGUGGUGUUCUGUAACUGGCUUUUUAUUGGGGCGAAAAUAUUUCAAGUAUUGGAGGAGCACGAGGAAGAGGACAUAAGAAAGCCUGACAAUGACCUAGUGGAAAAGCUAGUGAAGAGUAUGGUGGGCAGGUCAUUUGAGAGUGAAAAGGAAGUGUUUGAGUUCAUCGAAGAAAUAGAUGCAGCAAGAAAUGUCACUGUGAAAACUGGCAUUGACAACUGCAGUUCCAGCCUGGAUUACAUGGAGGCGCUAUUCCUCUGUCUCACCAUUGUGACCACCAUAGGAUAUGGACAUGUUCAGAUCACAACUGAUGCAGGGAAAAUUUUCUGCUGUUUCUAUGCCUUCUUCGGGAUCCCGAUCACCCUGACUAUGCUGGCUGCCAUUGGUGGAAAGUUGGCCGAUGGGAACAGAUUUCUGGAAGACCAAGUCAAGAAGCGGCUCGCAUUCCUCAAGAAACAUCCCGACACCAUUCGUUUUGUCAACAUCUUCAUCGUCACAACCGUAAACCUUGGAGUGUUCUUCUUCCUGCCUGCUUACGUCUUCUCUCGUCUGGAGACAGAGUGGUCGUACCUGGAUGCGCUGUACUACAUGUUCAUCACGCUGAGUACUGUGGGGUUUGGGGACUAUGUAGCAACACAGGAGACUCGCCCAACUUACACACAAAAUAUUGCAUACAAGAUUGGGCUGUUCUGCUGGAUCAUGACUGGCCUUUGUUUCCUGGCCUCGGUCUUCGACCUCCUUGUGGAAGAGAUGAAAGGAAUAGAAGACAGAAUAAAGGAGGAAAUAACAAAACCCUCAGGAGAAUCUGACCUUGACAAUGAAAAAGGAAAGGACAUUCAAGGUCAAGACACGAAAGAUGAACAACAUGGAGAGGGGAUGUCCUUAAGAGCCAGAACAUCUAAGAAAACAGUUUCUCAUGAAGAAAUGGAAGAGACUGAAACAUGUCUGCCUGAUAAAGAGAAACAUGCAUAACCCUCUCAGCACUACUGUAGCUAAAAUCUUUAG